AAAGGUUGGUUUGAGGGUGAGAAUUGGGCCACGCCAGAAAGCCAAUCCUGCCUUGUUGGCUCCUAUAGAUUUCAUUUCAUCCACCCACACAACACUACCAACUAACUCCAAUCUCACAUCACAUUCUCUCAUAUCUCUAUCUCAUUUCUCAUUUCUCAUUUCUCACACAACAACAUGCUACCACUUUGUUCUUCCUCAUCCAUGGCUGCUAACUCUUCCCUCACUCUCCCAACCAAUUCUUUCCUCACAUUACUUCACCCUCCUCCAUCUUCCCACUACAUAUCAUCAUCACUUUCUUCAACUUCAUUCAACUCUCAGUUUUUAGGCCUCAAGUUAUCUCAUUCUUCCAUUUCCAUAACCCCUUCUUCUUCAUUCAAACGAUCUUUCAUAUAUGCCAAGGUUAGUAAAGGCUCUAAGCCACCCGCUUUUACGCUGAAAGAUCAGGAUGGUAAGACUGUGAGUCUCUCCAAGUACAAAGGGAAGCCUGUUGUUGUUUAUUUCUACCCUGCUGAUGAGACUCCUGGUUGUACCAAACAGGCCUGUGCUUUUAGGGAUUCAUAUGAGAAGUUCAAGAAAGCAGGAGCAGAGGUUGUUGGGAUAAGCGGCGACAACACUGCGUCUCACAAGGCAUUUGCCAAGAAGUACAAACUUCCAUAUACAUUGUUGAGUGAUGAGGGUAACAAGAUAAGGAAAGAAUGGGGAGUUCCGGGCGAUUUCUUUGGAUCAUUGCCAGGGAGAGAGACUUAUGUUAUUGACAAAAACGGCGUGGUUCAGCUCGUUUACAACAACCAGUUCCAACCCGAAAAGCAUAUCGAUGAGACCUUGAAACUACUUCAAAGCCUUUAAAGCUUCUGUAUCGCUUCUGUAUGAAACCGUUGUAAUUAAGUAGCUGAUUUUGAACACUUUGGUCACAUGAUAGUGAUGAAAAUAAUACUCUUUCUUCUAUAGAGAGCAAACAAUUGUAACGUAUCGCGAUGUUGUCACAAACACUGUCACAUAUCAUAUCAGUAUCUUUUGCA